CCCAACGUCAGAUGCAAAUAUGGCGACUCGCUGGAAGGCCGCAGUGUUGAUGUUGUGUGCACUCUGUUGUGAAACGCUGCAUGGAGUUGCAGCGGUUCGCAGGGAUGGAACGAUUCUAACCAAACUUUCUAUCCUAGAAGAAGAAAUCACUGAGAUACGAAACCGCAUUUAUCGAUCUGACCUAAAACGGAAGACGGAUUUACAGAUAUUCCGCAAUGAUUUAAUCGCCCACCUUGAAAGAGCUGUCCCGGAUGUGAUGUCAAGGGUUAUUGAAGACAUGGCAAAAGCCGGUACAAUUCAAGGACUCAUUGAAGGGACCGUCCACACAAAGGUAAAGUCUGUGCAACAACAACUACAACAACUGAAGACGCUGACUGUGAAUUCCAUCAAAACUAAACCACCUGUACCUACGAAAGUAAAGACGUUGGAUUCCAACAAAGAUUCUCGGACGUUCAGGAAAGCGUUUCAAACGAUACGAUAAGAUUAUCAAACAGCUUAAAGCUGAUAAAGAUAAUCAGAAAGUGAUGAUAAACGAACUGCAGUCGACUCUCACGGAACAAAGGAUGUUGCUGGAGAUGCUGAGAAUGGAUGUGGAAACGUUGACCACAGCGAGCACGAAGAAGACGGGGUCUGAAACUGUGACGUCACACAACAGGCGUACCGCGGUUUCUCCCCAUACGAAAAAAGAAAGUGGGACAUCCCCAAUGGUCUUCAUGGGGAAGAAGGGAAGUACCGCAGUCCUGCCGUGUUCUUUUACCAGCCAAACUGAUUCAUAUAGAAUAUGGAGUCACAGAGCAAAUACUCUUUUCACCUGGCACCGCCACAAUGGAAAGACCGUUGCACGCACCGGAAACAGUCGCUUGUCCAUUGACAGGAGCUACAGCAGUGAAUGGAAUCUGGAGAUCCGGGACAUCAGACUGAGUGAUGGUGGGACGUACGACUGUCGCAACAGUGAUGGCGAUGGGGUUGCUGUUAGUCUUCUAGUACAAUAGGGGCGGUGGGGUAGCCUAGUGGUUAAAGCGUUGGCUCGUCACGCCAAAGACCCGGGUUCGAUUCCCCACAUGGGCACAAUGUGUGAAGCCCAUUUCUGGUGUCCCCCGCCGUGAUAUUGCUGGAAAAUUGCUAAAAGCGGCGUAAAACUAAACUCAGUCAGUCAGUCAGUCUAGUACAAUAAAUACUGAAUGGCUGAAAUAUAUCGACGGAACCUCUAUAAGGGAGAAGAAACUGCGAUUAUUCUCUUAUCGAAUUGUGACUCCUUACGAGCACAUCAUGCAAACUUCCUUCCUUUUUCUAUGAAACUUUAAAGUGUUGUGUUUCGUUCAUUUAUUGUGUUAGGGUAGGGUUCCACAUGAUUUGCGUUAAGUAUUUGAUUGUACAUAUAUUUUCGGGUCAGUAAAUUGUGAGUUAUUACCACAC